UGUUGUCACGUUUAACGAUCUAUUUACACGCUUCACGGCGGCGUCACACACGCCAAGACAAACUCACACAUACACACGUGCUGAAGCAAAGCACGGCAGUGAUUCGGUGUCCGCACCACCUUGGCGCGGGGUAAUAAUAAUCGAGAUUCGUUAAGAUGCUGAUGCCGCAGUCCGCACCACCGUUGAAACCUGAUCCAAUUAGACGCUAAGCGGAUGUUUGUUUUCAUUUGCGUCGUUUUGCGCGCAUGCGAGAAAGAGAGAGAAAGGGGGAGCGUGAGUUUUGUGUUUCGUUUAGAAACGGUCAAUAAAGUGUGACAAAAAAUAGUGAUUUUUUGUUUGAGUGAAAAGUGGCACUGGAUUGUGUGUUAAACAAAGCGGCAUGCGAAGUGUACCACGGUGAUAAGGCAACAGAUCCAACAGAACCGCUAUAGUGCAUCCAGAGAUAUAUUGGAUUCAAUUUAAAGAACUGCUAGUCACCAACGGUCCCAUUUUGUCUGUCAUCGUUUAUCAACAAAUUGGAAAGUGAUUGCUUUCUUUUGCUGUUAGCGGCGUUUUGGCUUCGUUCAUCUGAUUGUCCUGCACGCGCGGUCACCAACGAACAUCAUUUUGGUCGGUCGUGUACUACUCACGCCGUACGUGCUCCCGACUGUGCCCGAGGGUGCAACCAUGUGCGCAUGAGAACCACAACAGUACGGUGGUCACCUAGGAGUGGUGCACGAAUCGAAUUUGGAAUUUAAUCCCGUUUUCCGCGACUGAGGGAGCUGCUGAUGCACCCUGGGAGCAUCAUUCAUUUGAAGAUAGCGUCCAGGAACUAGACGGUAGAAACACGUACUGGGCACACGUAUACAAGCACACACGCUUACCGGUUCGCGCUCAAACAAGCAAACAAUCACUCCAAAGUGGAUGACAAUUGGCCGGUCAAUUGCCGAGCGCAUUCCGCACGCCGCUAGCGAACAGGUCCAGGAACCAUUUUCGGUGGAAACCCCCGGCCCCUGGCCACGAUCCUGGCCGACUAUUCCAGGCUACAGAAGCGCUAAAUACAUUUACUAACCAUCGGCGGCAAACAUAAACCACAUAAACCGACAAGAUGCUGGUGAGAACGACCAAAGUGUCACGAGCAAACCAUAUGAAGAAGGUGUGGGUAGCGUUUGCCGUGUUUGGAGCAAUUUCCAUCCUGCGACCGGCAUCGGGCCGCAUCGUGAAGCGCAGCUACUCCGAUCAAAGCGUACGCGGCUACCUUACCGAGCGCACCUGUUGGUGGAACGAGGUGUGCAAGGAGGAAUUCCAACAGAUGUUCCGAUGCCGCUGUCCGCAGUGGUCGUACUGCAGAUCACCGGGACGCUACUACAACGCGUACUGUUCCAUGACGAACACGGGCUACAUCUGGACGCAACCAACGUGGGACUGGGAGACGGCCUAACCUAACCACCGGUCGAUCGAUCAGGUCGAUUGAUGGGGCCUCGCGUUAGGAAGCUGGCAAAUACACUCCUUUCCGGAUAAUCAAAUGUGUAUCAAACAUUGACCAAACGAAAUCUUUACAAUAUACAGCUACAAUAAAGCUUAGGAUAGAUAAGCCGAGCGUAGUGGAAAACAGUAGAGCGAAUGUGCGGUAAUCGUUUUGUGAAAACAACUUUUUAGAGCAAAGAAAACCAGGAAAAGUCAUUCUUUUAAAUCUAGUACAGCAGCACAACAGCACAAUAGGCUCUCAGUUUUGACAUUAAAAUAUGUUUUAGAAGCUGCUGCCAAUCACUCUGCCAGUCGUACAGUACACUUUGAAAUCAUUUUGGUAUCAAAAUUUCUUAGAAGAAAUGGACAAGGGGUUAAAGCAGCAAAAACGGCAACCGGUGAUUUAAGAAUGAAAGUAAAACAAACAAACAUUAUCAAGAGCACCAGGAGACCAAACGUUUUAAAGAAUAGACUUACGACUUUACAUCUAUCUCUACAGUUCUGAUCAAUCUCAUGGCAUUCGUCAAACCCAAAGGAGCAUACACAUUUAACUGGGAAAUCAAGGCAAGGAAAAAGAGUCAAUAGGAAAAUGCUGUUAAAUCACUCUUACCAACAGGCAAGCAGCCUGGUACCAAGGCUUUUUAGACGAGGAAAUCAACGGAAAAUCAGCUACAAAAUCCCCUUCGUGAAUGGACUUCCAUCGAAGGUCGGUGUGGCCGGUGUGUAGUAGUAAUGCGCAUUGUGAAGGAUACGACGAUGAAUGCCACCCCCCGGGUGGUAUUGCUGCAAUGAACAAAGGGGGGAGAGGGUGCAUGUUGAGCUGUUUAGUUGAAUAGAGUGUUUUGAAAAGUUGUACCAUUAAAUAAAACAACGAGCGGAGGGAAAGCGAAACUAACACAAACCGUGAAGACCAGAGAAAGGAAGAAAUGAGGCCAGCCCGUUUCCCGAGGAGGUAACGAGGGGGCUGGGAGAAAGAAGUGGAAAACACAAAAGGCACAAUAUCGGGCUACCCAUCAUACAGGAUUAUGGUAUCCAGCACGAUUAUGAAAAAC